UAAGUAGGAAACUCAGACCGGUAGCGAAUUUCGCCCGCUUUCACAGCCCCGACGAGUUCGUGCAAUGGAACACUGAUUGUCGGAAGUCUCCAAUACCACAACUUCUGUCUUUCGCUCAUUCAAGGCAAGAAAUUCAGUUCUGUGAUUUCCGGAUUAUUUUCUGAGGUUCCUGAAAAGCCCCCCAGUAGAUAAUGUGAGUCAUCAUACAGUUGCGUGUUCAACCUAGCGAGCCUAAUGUCAAAGGUUAAAGGGCGACCCGAAGUGUGAGCAUGCGCCUUAGGGCCGCACUGCUGGUGCUCUGCCUGCUGGUGAUGCUUGUUGCAAGUGCGGACGGGAAAUGUAGGAAGAAAAAGGGCGGGAAGAAAUGUGAAAAGGCACCAGUUGGGCCCCCUCGCUGGCGACGUCGCAGGAAGGAGACUGUGCUUGUGGAGCGAGAGCUGGCCACGGUGGUGUUAAAGUGUCAGGCGCGAGCUAAUCCCAGACCUCGCUAUAGGUGGUACAGAGACGGCAACCUUCUUAAUACCAAGAAGUCCAAAAAGUACCGGCGCAGGUCGUUCCGCCUGACCAUCAACUCGCUUCAGAUGGCCGACUCCGGACAGUACACGUGCAUCGUCUACAACUCACUCGGAUCUCUCAACGGGACGUUUACGCUGAGGGUAUUAGGGUCGACCCACGAUAUGUCUGAGAUCACUGUCAAGGAAAGACCCAGAAACCAGACCGCUAAGAUAGGAGACACGGUGGUGUUCGGCUGCAGUACGGACAGUUUCCCCAGGCCCACUAUAGAGUGGUCGCGGAAGAAGGGGAACAGUCCUCGGGUGGACAUCCUGCAGAAACCUAGUGCCAGUAGACGUGCCGAGAUGUUCGUGCUUGACCGAGUGACCAAGGAUGACAUCGGCUUAUACACGUGUACCAUCAAAAAUAAGAUGUCCAGUCGCCAGCUCACAGCUAAACUAGAUGUUAUACGAGAAGGCGAGGAAUUACCAUUUGAACCAAAGUGCGCGUUGCACAUUCGCAAGGAGUACCUAUAUGACAGCGUGUAUGGUUGCAAGACAUCACAACCCGUCAAGAUCACCUACUGCAUGGGAUCGUGCGGCCGCAGCGAGUUUACCCCCCUCCUCGUCCUGGCGGCUACCAACAUGUCGUCCACAGCCUCUACCCCCACACCCCACAUCAACCAGACAUGCAAGUGUUGUGUAGGACAGGUGCAAAGCCUCCGCGUGGUGUCCCUGGACUGUCCCUCAGGGGGUACAAUGAACGGAUUCUUCACCACGCUGGGAGGGUGUGUGUGCCGAAGCUGUAGUGUUGAAGGUGGGUGGGGAUGGGCUCCAUCCGAAAUGGGCGCAACGGAUGAGCCAACUGCCAGAACACCGUGACGCACUGACGACCGUCAAGGCUGCUGCUGACAUUGCCUGGAACACCACGUCUUUGUAGACGUCAUCCCGAUGCGUCUGUUCCAGUCAACGCAGUCAGGAAUAGGCAGAAUAACUACAGGAUGACCCCAUUGCUCAUGUGGUCUGCUGCUAUAUGUGCCCAGUCGGUCACUCAAGGGCUUGGUCAGUGGAUCUGCUGCUCUGCAUGACGGCACGUGAUUUACCUGGGGUUGGAGCGUAGCCUGGCGGGAAUUAACGCCCGACAUGCAAAACGCUCCUCUGUUGUCCAUUUUUAUGCCGAUGUUGUGUCACAUUUUUCCUAAUAGUGAUAUUUUUUUAUUAAUCAUGAUUAUGGACAGUGGUUCUGUUGACUUCAUAUGAAAGUAAGUGACUUGGGACACGUGCCUAUGUGUUAUGUAUCAACAGUGAUGAAUCGCCACAGCUGACCCAAGUGCUGGGACGGGUCAAACGGACAGUAAAUUUAUCAAUACAAUAUUAUGUAACAUGUUAAGCUUGUCCAUUGCCUUACAUAACGGUUGAAUCAUAUUCUGAUAAUCGCCUUCGACGACAAACAGCUUUCAACAUAGAAAGUAUACGACAGACAGUUCCCCGUAAGCCGUGAUGUAUGUCAACCAAGCUACAUAUACGGUCAUACAUACUUUUACCCUUCUCUGGCCACGUUUCCGUUUGAACCUAGAACAAAAAUGUAAUUCCACGCAAUAGGCCUCGACACCUGUAGAGUUGACACUGUAUAAUAAAGAUCCCUUCUACUU